AUGCCCGCGCAAUCGCCCCUCCAUCAUUCAGGCAAGCCCACGUUCGCAAGCAUCCUCCUUCUUGAUGGGACUGCUUACUUCUUAAUGUUACUCAUCCUGAACCUACUCCACGUCGCGUUCACUGUGUCCGCGGUUGCGGAUGUGUCAUCUGGUCCGACGAGCGUGAUUGGUACUUUUGAGCAACCAUUUACUUCGCUCCUCAUCGGGAGAUUCCUCAUCAGCCUGCAAAAGGUUCAGCGCAGGCUGUGUGACUCGACUAGGUCGAUAUCGCUGGGGGACUUCGCGUCCCAAUGGCAGGGUUCGAGAAACACCGGUGACUUUAUUGGGGCACUGGGAGCGCAGCCUUCGUUUCACGAAGACCAUGAAGAGGCCGAAGAAUCGGAUUCGCUGUAG